AUGUGCGGAAUAGGAUUGGCAAUUAGAACGAUUCCCAAAUCUCACUCGGGAUCCGCUGGACCUCUCGAUCAGCAGCCUGGUACCACCCAGGAAGUUCCUGAGAUUGACGAUUCGAUUGGACGUGCAAUUUCAUCAAGGGGGCCUGAUUUCCAAGCCCAGGAAACCCGAGUCAUUAGUGAUGCCUCAGCACAUCUAGAUAUCGAGAUCAAGUUCUUCGCGUCUGUCCUUCAUCUCCGUGGACUCGCCCUCACCCAGCAGCCAAUCAGCGCACCAAAGACUGGCAGUCUAUUGCUGUGGAAUGGCGAAGUUUUUGAUGGACUUCCACUCUCCGAUGUGGAAAACGAUGGACAAGCGGUUCUGAAAGCCCUUGAGGAUAGAGGAAACAAAACGAUUCCUGAAGUUUUUCUUGGUAUAGAAGGCCCAUACGCUUUCAUCUACUACGAUAGCUUAUCAAAACAAAUCUGGUUUGGACGUGACCCCCUUGGACGGCGAUCGCUCAUGAAGCUAGAAAACUGGUGCUUCGCACUACGAGGGUCGAACCGCCUUACUCUCGUCAGAUUGGCUACUCAUAGCUUAUUUUGUGUCGAGUUGAAAGACGUCGAAGAUCUAUGCAUCCUUCCAAUAGCUCGAGGCUCACCUCCGAUCCUACUCAACCGACAAAUCCCACUCGAAGCAGAUCGUGUACCCCCCAGCGGCCAAUCGCCCCCAUCUUUGAUCACAGCUUCUGGGCGCUUACGUGAUAGUCUGAACAAUUCCCUGCGAAGACGGCUACACAAUAUAUCCACACGUUACCGGACCGAUGAGCGGGAUUCUAAGGUCGCCAUUUUGUUUUCGGGUGGACUUGACUGCACAACCUUAGCUUUCCUAGCUCACUUUCACAUCCCACUCACUGAAUCCAUAGACCUGAUCAAUGUCGCAUUCGAGAAUCCACGUGCAGCGUCCAACUCGAGACGCAACAAUCAACCUGUCAUUCCGGACAUAUUCUCAGUUCCUGACCGCCAUACCGGGGAAGAAUCAUGGAAAGAGCUUUGCCAACUCACGCCCGGCCGAACUUGGAGAUUUGUGAAAGUCGAUGUAUGGAUGAAAGAUUAUCUCAAAUACAAAGAUCAGAUAAUCGAGCUCAUGUGGCCCAACGACACAGUUAUGGAUCUUAGUAUUGCUGCAGCACUUUUCUUUGCUGCUUGGGGCGUGGGAAGCUGUCGACUUGAUCCGGAUUCCGACCAAGUUACACAGUCUUAUCGCUCUCCGGCCCGUGUGUUUUUAUCCGGCUUGGGUGCUGAUGAAUUAUUGGGAGGAUACUCGCGCCAUCGUUCAGCAUUUUCCAGUGCAUCGCCUUGGAUCAACUUAAUUCAAGAAUUGCAACUAGACAUUGAUCGGAUCCCCACCCGAAAUCUUGGACGCGAUGACCGGAUCAUUGCCCAUCAUGGUCGUGAAGUUCGAUAUCCAUUUUUGGAUCGUGAUGUGAUCGACACCCUCGCAGGUCUACCGGUACAUCUCAAAUGUGAUUUGGCGCUCGAGAAGGGAACAGGUGACAAGCUAUUGCUUAGAGUCUUGGCUCGGGAACUGGGUCUGAGUCAGGCAAGCAAGUUAGUAAAGAGGGCCAUCCAAUUUGGGGCUCGAUCAGCGAAGUUGGAGGGACUUGAAAAGGGGACAGCUGGAUUGCAACCUCCAGGUGUCCCAAGUUCCACACUCGACAUGGAUGUACAGUGCCCUCCCAGAUGUAUAUAG